UUUCGCAGACUGCGGGUGUAUUGGUGGGCUUCAUUACCUGGUGCACCUCCCUCAACUUCAUUGAAAAAAAAAGACAAUCGAAGAGUCCCACUACACUCGCGUCAAAGAAGACUUCGAGAACGGCGCGACUCCGAGGCCAUGAGUGCAGACGAAGGCGGAGGGACGGCCCCGGUGCCGGCCACGAACGGCGAACAACCUCAAAACACACCCGAAUCGUCAGUACUGGCGACCCCGGGCAAGCGAAAGCGCGUUGCGAGUCACGAUGACAAGGUCGCCCAAGAUGCUGGGGCUUCGGCGGCGCUAUCGCAAGAGAGAGCGAAGCUACAAGAGACCCUGCGUAAUCUAGUUGAAAUUCUAAGCAAGAGCGAUGCCGAUCUCCAUCUUCUGUCCUGUCCCCUACCGUCUUCCCCGGCAAAACCACGCUCGAAACGCGCGAAGGUGUCAGGAGAUAAGGAUGAGAGCUCCAGCAUACAAGCGCGGGUUGCGUCGGAUCGGUACAACAAUCUAUCGGAGUUUCUGAGCGAUAUCGAAAAAGCGUCUACGGCUGUGAUUGAAAGGAAUAAAGCCCAAGCGACGGCUGCUCCGGCUGACGGGACGCCUUUGACCGAGACAGUCAACCGCAUCGCGGCGUUCAAGAAGCUGCUGAAUAGUCUUGUUCGUCAGGCACAUGUGAGCCAGUCAAACAUAAAGACGGAGACCUCGGAAGAAGACGGAGAAACCCCGGCAAAGACCACCCCAGCCAAUGUUGAGACCCGGAAUGAGAGCCUGGCUCUGACACUGUUCGGGAACCCUGCCAACCCGAAGCAGCUUUACUCCAGCUUGCAAAAGACUGUCAAGGUCCCACUGCCUUCGGAUGAUCCUAAUGCAGACAAGUUUGUGGAAGUACAAGCACCAUUACGCGAGGAUGGCUUGCCCAACGGAAUCUCCAUCACCAAGGUGCAACCGGUAGAUGCAGAGACCGCCACCAACGAGCAUAAGAGAACUUUCGGCGACGUGUUCGCUCCUCGUCCAACAUUGCCCCAACUAGAGCCGCCCCGCAAAGCCAGGACUUCUAGUCGCAACGCUACCAACGGCUGGAUCGAUCCUUUCGAGGCCAUUACGAACUACAAGGCUUUCCUCGGUGAGCGAAAUAACUACUGUCUUGCGCAUCUUCCAUCAGGGCAUUGGCUCCAGUAUGGCGGGGUCACGUCUGCUCCGUCUACCUGGAACCGUCGGCAGAAACAACAGCCUGCUCAACAACCGGGCGAGGAAGUCCCCAACGAUGAUUCUGCUCUGAGCACUGACGAAGAUGCCGCGCUCUUGCAAGGCGUGUACUCGUCAUUUGCUCCUUCUUUUGAUAGUUCAGGGGCUGUUGUGCAAGCCGAUUCCAAAGAUUUGGUGUGGUGGAGCAAGCGUGGAGCUAGACGUUUGAACACGCUGCUCUCCCUACCGUAUCUCGAAGAAGAGCAGGCAGACACAACGACGGUGCAACCUGGGAGUAUUGGCGAGCUUGACGAAAGCACUCUAGAAGAGAUGGUGAAAUCGUUCAAUCCGGAUGAUUUUGCAGACAACAUCGCGCAUGCCGAUAGGUCUACAGAAAGGCAACAUGAAGACCGAGACCUCGAAGAAGUACUAUGCGACGUUUCUGAGCUGUUGGAGACACUCAGCUCAUACCAGAGAAUCCGAAGCCUCGAGACCGCCAGCUCUGGUAGCCAAGGUACUGAUCCCAAGGAAACGUCACCUGAGAUCGGAGGACCCGACAUCCCGUCUCUAGCGGAGCGAAGCGUGUACGAAACCCUUAGGUCGAGUCUGGCUGUUCUUAUCGCAACCCUGCCCCCAUACGCUGUGGCCAAGUUGGAUGGCGACCAACUGGAGGAGCUGAACAUCAGCCAAAAGAUCCUGGUCGAGAACCCCGAAUACCAGGGUACGAUGGAAAAGGACGACUAUGCUUUGCAGCAGGAGCGCGCAGUUGCUAUGGCUACCUCCAGCGGCGCCAACCGGACGUCAACGCCAUCACGUUCUGGUAGCUACCAGGCGCAGUUCAACCAACGGGCCUUCGGGGCCAACAAUCGGGCCCAGCCUCAGCCUUCCUUCCAAACUACACAACCCUAUUACGGAGGAAGGCAGAACUCGACUCCAACGCCAUACACCCCGGGCCAUGCGCAACCGUUCGCAGGCGCGCGACCCCCAUCAACACCGCAGCAGAGACCCGGCUACUUCCCGGGGUACGCGCAGCCCAGCCCGCAAUUCAACCAGGGCAUUACGGUGCCGCAGUACCAGCGGCCCGGGCAGAACGGCUACCACGCAUACCCGGGACAACAACCGGGCCCCCCGCCGCCGGCCGCCCAGGGAUCGCCGCAGCCCUACACGCCCCGCCCCGGCCAACCCGCGCCUCAUAACGCCCCCUAUGCAGCUGGACGCAGCGCCUCCCCUCAAAAACCUCCUCCUUACGCAACUCCGCGAGGCUCGUACAUCCCCCCGGGCUCUGCCAACCCGCAACAGCGGUACAUGCCGCAGCAACAACCAGGCCAACAACCCCCUCCCUAUGGUAAUUACCCUUCCAACCAAGCCCCGCCACCAUCAGGGGGGUACUCCAACUCCGCUGCCGCCAUGACCUACGCGCGAAGUGCAGCCGAGCAAGCCAUAAUGAUGGAAAGAAAUAAGGCCCAAUUAGCAGCAGCCCAAAACAGCACCAGCUCGACGACACCACAGCCCGCGGGGGGUGAAGCCUCCCAAGAUCGAAGCGCAACGCCGGGAAGCAAGCAAAUUGGAACCCCGGUUUCUUGAUGAGUGGAUGAGAUGAGACCACGGUCCAGAUGUAGGAAUGCUGCCAUUGACUAUGCACUUCAUUUCUGUUUACUAUCUACCUUUUACAACUUUCCUCUUGUCAACAUUAUACCAUUGUUCCUUUUCCCCCUGCCCUGUGUUCCUUCCUACCAGUGAAGUUUAGACAAACGACUCGAGAGAAAAAAGCCCUCCC